AUGGCCAGUCGGGCGGACGCGGUGACGCCGGCUCCGUGGUGGUUUCGCGGCUCGAAGAACGCCCUGUGCUCGGCUUUCAUCGUGGUGGGCGUGCCGGUGGCGCUGGGGCUGAUGCUGGUGGGCAAGAUGCGCUGCUCCAUCUGCCUGGACGCGCUGCGGCUGGCGGUCGCCACCGACUGCGGGCACACCUUCUGCGGCCGCUGCCUCGUGCAGGCGCUGCGCCGGCGGCCGCGCGGCCGCUGCCCGCUGUGCCGGCGCGCCGUCGCCGCCGUCACCACGCUCUUCUCGGAGCGGGAGCGGCUGGCGGCGCCGCGCUCGCCGCUCUGCCGCCACAAGGACGCCGUCAGCGCGUUCGUCGCCGCCUACAACGGCCGCCGCGGCCACGGCACGGCGCUGCUGCGCGAGCUGCUGACCGACAUCUCCGUCGCGCUCCAGAGGUUCCUCGCCGACCUCAGCCUCGACCCGGAGCAGCACUAG